UCCACGCCGGUGUUAGCAAAGUAGUACAAAUCUUCAUUAGACUUAGCUGUAAAUUUCGUGAUUUCAGGAGUUAGUUUACGUGCCGAACAAAGGAUACAAGCGGGUCGUUGAAUGUUAAUGACAAGUAAACUCGAAAAGUGAAACAUGGAGACUCAGUAAAGGCUUAAUGCCGCUGAACAGCCCUGUAGUACAUAGACUUUUAGGACUGCACGUCUCCACAUUAGGAGCAAUUUACUAACAGCCCCUUAGUUCAAAGGAGGCUUGCAGCCAUGGCAGGCAAGGGUCGUGGAGUGGCUGCCUUUACCUUCAACAUUGAGGCUCUGGGCAUCGGCAGGGGCAGCAUGCCAGAAGCCAGGGUGGGGCCCAGCCCGUUGUUUCCAAAUACAGACUUUAAACCAGUUCCGCUGAAAGCUGGCGAGGAUGAGGACUACAUGUUGGCCUUGAAACAGGAGAUGAGGGGAACGAUGCAACGGCUGCCACACAACAUCAAGCCUCAGUCCAAUAAGGCAGAAGUGGAGAGAUACACGGAGAGAUACCUCAAGCACCGACAGAUGGAGGAUGAGGAAUGGAUCCCAGACUGGAACCUUUUCCCAAAAGAAUUGAUGCCCCAAAAGAAAAAACCUCGUGUUAAAGCAGGCACAAAGAGGAAAACAGUGUCACGCAAAGAAACACAGGAUAUGCUGAAUAAAUUAGACGAACUGGCAAAGAAAGAUGAGGGGAACCCUGAAAAAUCAGAUGACGAGACCGAAAAGAAAACAAGGAACGAGGAUGGAGAGGAAGAAAUUGAAGAGGAAGAAUAUGAAGAGGAUAUUGAAGAGGAAAAUGACUACAUAGAAAGCUAUUUUGACAAUGGCGAAGAUUUUGCAGCAGACAGUGAUGACAAUAUGGAUGGUGAAGCAACGUAUUGAGACAGCAUGACUCAACCAUGCAAACUCAAGCGAGCGUACACUGUUUAAGUUAACUGUCAUUAUGUGAUUGUUUCUACUGGUUAAAUAUUGUAGAUACGUUGGAAAUACUGUUGAGCAGAGUGAUAGUUUUUUUUGCAUUGUGAUCUUGAGAAGCGAGCUUUCUUUUAAUGACUUAUGUAAAUAAGAAAUGCCACUAUGUGUACACUGGCAAUAAUUUAUUCAAAAUAGAUGUAUUUAUUCUCCAGCCUGUGUCACAUUUCCACAGGUUGAAAGGCACAUACUGUCAACAACAUAAAAUGCUUUGUCAUAAAAUGUGAACACAGUGAAAAUAAAAGGGCU